CAGGAGCGGCGGGUGACGCAGCGCCCGGAGCGCACACGGGGGAUGAUGCGGGCGGGGGCACCGAGGAGACCGGCCGGGUAACCCCGCACCGGCCACCGGCACCGGGCAGCAGGUAGCGGGCAGGGCGCGGCGGGCAACACCCCCUUCCAUCCCCUUCACGAUCGGCACCGAGGCAGCGGGACCCGGGACGGCCCCGGCGGGGCUGGGGGGACCUGCCGGUAUCGCUGCUUUCUCCCCGGUCGCCGGCCCCUGCGACGCUCUGAAAGGGACGAGGCUGCCCCCAGGGUUGGGACCCUCCGGCGGCACCGGGGAGCGGCGAGGACCCGGAGCCAGCGCCAGGGAAGCGCCUGUUGAUGUUCCGGAGCCAGGCUGCUGCGGAGCUGCCGGGAGUGGAAGCUGCUCCUCCAGCAGCAGCUCGCACCACCAUCGAGCAGCACCGGGUUACAGACAGUGUGACCACAGCUUCAGCAGCGAGGAAGCAGAGAUGGUGGCUUCAGCACAAGGAGCCGUGGGAGAUGUUCACACUGUCUCCAGUGGGCUCUGCAUUACCAGCCGAAGGACCUAGAGAACCUGGUGGAAACCACCUCAGGGUCAGGACUGCCCGGAUUGCUCUGGCACUUGGGGAAAUUGGGUGUGUCCAGGCAGAUGUCGGCAUGGCCACCGGGGCAGCAGAGCUGGAGAAGACCAAGGCAAGAUGAACCAAGGUGUCCUGGCAGGAAGCUGCAAGAGCAGAGCUGCUCUGUGAGGAGACACAAGUCACAAGCUGAGGACCACCACAGCACAGCUGCCAGCCAACGCUGCCAUUGCCCACCAGUAAACAGCGGCCGGUGCCAUGGAUGAGGUGACGGAGCUGGAGACAGGGGGGAACCCCCUCCUGAAGGCAGUGUGGCUCGGGCGGCUCCGCCUCACCCGGCUGCUGCUGGAAGGGGGGGCUUACAUCAACGAGAGCAACGAGAGAGGGGAGACGGCCCUGAUGGUGGCCUGCAUCACCAAGCACGUUGACCAGCAAAGCAUCAGCAAGCCCAAAAUGGUGAAGUACCUGCUGGACAACAGAGCUGAUCCCAACAUCCAGGACAAGUCCGGGAAAACAGCCCUGAUGCACGCCUGCAUCCGUGGCGCUGGUGGGGACGUGGUGUCCCUGCUGCUGGAGAACGGCGCAGACCCCAGCCUGGAGGAUCACUCGGGAGCAUCAGCGCUGGUCCACGCCAUCAAUGCCAAUGACAAGGAUGUGCUGCAGCACCUCCUGAAUGCCUGCAAAGCCAAAGGGAAGGAGGUGAUCAUCAUCACCAUGGACAAAUCCGCCUCUGGCACCAAGACGGCCAAGCAGUACCUGAACAUGCCACCCUCGCUGGAGUUCAAGGAGAGAGGCUCCCCUGAGGCAUGCACAGCACCCUCCAGCACCCACCCAAAAGCUCCCAUCUCAGCACCUUCCCCUGCUGAGGAGGAGAGCAGCAUCUUCCCGUCGCACCCUGGGGACAACCCCUGUGCCAAUGAGCCGCCCUCCCCGGGGCAGCACACGGGGGCAGCCCACAGAGCCCGGCUGCCUCGGCUCAAGCGGCUGCGCUCGGAGCCGUGGGGUCUGGUGGCACCCUCGGUGCUGGCGGCCUCCACACACCAUGAUGACACACAGGUGGGUGCGGACGAGGAGGUGAUCACAGGCAUUGGCGACCUCUCGCUCUCCAAAAAGGCUCCUCUUGUCCGUGGCAGCAGUAGGAGCAGGGACCCAUCUCUCUUCCCACCGGUGGAUGACCCGGCUCUGAGGGUGCCGCUGAGGAAGGCAGCCUUCGAGAAGAGCCCGGCCGCGUUGCAGCGCCUGCCCCGCAGGAGCACGGUGCCCACAGAGCCGGAGGGCCCAGCCGCGGCGCUGCGCUGGCGGCGGUUCAGCGCUGAGCACCACGACGGCGAGCCCCAGCUCUGCGGCGUCCCCAGCCCGGCCGAGGGGAAGGGGCCGGGGGAGCGCAGGAGGCUCAGCGGGCCCCACGUGGCCUCACUGGACGGCUCGCGGGACGCCCUGGACAGCAUCACCGGCACCUCGCCCGGGCCCGUGCAGCGCCGGCCGCCCGGCUUGCUGGAGAGAAGAGGCUCCGGCACCCUGUUGCUGGACCACAUCGCACACAGCAGGCCCGGAUACCUGCCCCCCCUAAACGUGAACCCCAACCCCCCCAUCCCCGACAUCGGCUCCAGCAGCAAAGCCCCCUCCCCGCUGGCUGCUGGCCUGAAGGCUCUGGUGCCCUUCGCUCCCAGCUCGCCCAGGUGGGGAGACUUGCGAGCCAAAAGGAAGCUGCUCCGGAGGCACUCCAUGCAGGCAGAGCAGAUGCGGCAGCUCUCCGAUUUCGAGGAAAUAGCGGCCCAGUAGCCACAUCACCAUCUGCUUCCCCCAUAGGUCACCAAACCAGUGCUGUCCCCACAGAAACAUGAUGGCUCCCAGCUCACCUGGCUCUGAGGAGGCUCUGGUGGCCACAGGGACCAGACCCGUGCCCAGGGGCUCAACUGGGAGGCUCCUGCUCCCACUCGCCAGAGCUGUGCGGGGAGACCGGGCAUCCGGCCCAGGCAGCUGGAGCCUCUCUUGUAUUCCAGUCACUUCUGGACCUUUCCCCAGGAGUGAUGAGCUGACAGAUCAAUCCCAGACCACCUGAGAUCAUGCAGCUUCACACACCAGCUCUUGCCUGCAGGUCACUUAUUUCUCAUUAUUUAUAAUCCACUUUUCUUCCACCCGGCUCAUUCAGACACAGAAACCUGUGUGAAGCCGCACACCAGUGAGCCGUGGGGUGAUGAGUGUGUGAAGUGCCUGCCAGGGGGAAGAGCUUAAUGCUGGGUGUGCUUGAAAGAGCAGGAACACCUCUUCCUAGCAAUUGAAUGUAUUGGUACCCUCGCCGUGCUGGAGGGGGAGACAGCUCUCCACCUCAGAGGCUUCCAAGCACUGAAACUCCAGAGGCUGAGCUCACUCAUCACCGCUGCAGGCUGGUGCCUGGCUUGGGAGUGGGUUUGUCUCCAUCUCUGGAGUGACCAAGGUUCAGGGGCAUUUCCCACUGCACUGAGCAGCUCCAAGCACUGAAUUCCAGGGCUGGGAGUGCUCCUGGCUGCGUGGGGAGCUUCUGCCCAAUGCUGGGGUCUGCAGCAGCUCUGCACAGCCCCAUCCCCGUGCAGCAUGAGCCCAAGCCAGCAAACGCGCCUGCAUGGCUGGAGGUGGGGGUAUGACUGCAGCUCCCUUCCGGUGCUGGGGACCUGGUGGCCCUGCCCUGCAGACAGGGCAUGUGGCAUCUCACCGCGGGACUGGGCCUGCACCAGCAGCACAGGUAGUGCUGCAGCAUCAGGGCAGCGAGACCAGGCAUCGCAGUGCCCCAGCCUCAGUCAGGCACUUGCAGGGAGCUCUGCUUGUCCCCCACACCACAGGGACCAUGGGCUGGAGGUGCCAUAGCUGCUGCCAGCCUCUGCCGAACCCACCACAUGGAGCCGGUGGCACAGAGGGAACCAGCCCAGGGCCCUGCGCCUCUGCCCCAGCGAGCGCUGGGGUCUGCAGCCCAGCGAGGGCUGGCGUGUCCUGACACCACUGCACGGGCAGUGGCGCUUCAACACCCGCUGGCGCAGAUUCAGCUCUUGCCUCACCCACACACGCUCCGUGUGUCCAUCCAUCCGUCUGACGUGGCUGGCGAGGAGCCGCUUCCCUGCCCAGGGCACGAGCCGGUGCUCAACAGGCUGCUGCAGAACUUUGCACGAGGCAGUGCCAGGCUCUGGCUAUAACAGCCCAGGAGUGUUCUCUGGAAGUGUUUGAAGUUUAAACGUGCUGCUUAGAGCAAAGCGGGGGGGGGGGGUAGGGGGUGGUGGUGGUUAUAUUUUUACAGCCUUAAAGUUUCUACUUUAGGUCAAAAGUCAGAUUGAAUUUCAGGCAUAUUUGCGCUGUAAGUGAUGUUUGUCUUAUAAUUUAGAGUGUGGAAUUUUAAAUCCUGUUGUUCACCUCUUCCAUUCGUUACUAAAUACGCUGAUAUUU